AUGCGCGACGCCUCCAUCCGCUCUCGCGUCAAGCUCGGUCGCGGUGAAAACGGUCGAGGGCUGUUCACCACGUCCAUGGUGGGCAUGAAGAGCGUCGAACUUUUGCUGGAAGUGCCGCUGGACGUGUGCAUCGUCGCGCCCGUGGGCGACGGGUCGGCGGCGAGCGCGGACGACACGGCAAAGGCGGUCGUCGCGUCUUGGGAGCGAAGAAACCGCGAGGUCCCGCAAGCGAUCAAGGAUAUGAUGUUUGAGAAGAAUUCGGACGCGCGGGAGCUCGCGUGCGCGCUCUGGGUCUUAUUCGCGACGCGCGCCGGGGGGGAGGUGUGGGAGUCGUACGCGAGCUGGUUGCCGAAUAAGCGGGACGGAUUGCCGUCGAUGCUGUUGGCGGCGGAGGAGGAGUUGGAGAUGAUGCAGAACGAGUCGAUGACGGCGAGAGCGAGAGAGUUGCGUGGGCUCGUUCGUAAAGCGUUCGAUCGCGUGCCGUUCGCGCACGGGAUUCCGGGAAGCGUGACGCUGGAGGAUUUGAGCUGGGCGUACGCGUUGGUGACGAGCCGCGCGAUCGCGAGCGACGUUGGAAAGGAUCCGGACGGCGUGGAUGACACCCAGGUAGCGGUGAUGGCGCCGUGUGUGGACAUGGCGAAUCACGUUGACGUGACGAACGUGACGGCGCUGAAGAAAAUUGGCGCCACGGAUGGCGGUGGUCUUCGCGGAGCGUAUUGGCGUUUGAUGACCGGCGGUAGCGUCGACGGCGGCGGCGGCGCGUGCUGUCUGGAAACGAACCGUCCGAUCACGAGUGCGGACGAAGAGGUGACGAUUUCGUACCAACCAGACGCGACGAACGAUGAACUAAUGGUUAGUUACGGUUUCAGUUUGAAGGGCAAUCGCAACGAUAGACUUCCGUCACCAAAAGACAAUUGGCUUCGUCUCGGCUCUCUUCGUCAAGCAAUCGAGGACUCCGGUGUGUUGACGAUGGAAACACCCGAAGAAGACGCGCGUCGGCUCAUCGCCGUCCUCAGUUCCGCGUGUGGAUUGUCCAUCGGUCAAGAGACGGCGCCGGAUGACGACUGGUCUUUCGACGCCGAUGGGACGGAGCGAGAAAUCGACAACGCCAUCGCGCUCGGACAGAUUUGGGAAAGUGAGCUGACGUCGUACGCGACGACAUUAGAAGAGGAUGAAGCGAUUUUAGCGAGUGGUACUAAUUAUCCCACCGCGUUCGGCCGGGCCGCAGUGCAGUACCGAGCCGAACGGAAACGCCUCUUACAAAGUGGUUUGGGUGUUCUCAACGCGUACGUCGAUUGGUUUUACUCUGAAGACGACGUCGAAGUCGACGCGGUGGAUGAAGAGGCGCUGCCGAUCGGGAUGGAGUGA